GAACCUAAUCAAACCUAAUCGAACCGGACUCACCACAUACCCUAACAUAACCCCAACCCACAUGCCAAACGGGCACUAACCCUCCCGCACCUUUCAAUCUACCUUUCUUCUCUGCAGCACAAGAGCUCGACGACGAUGGCAUCAAUAUCAGCAACUGGGUUGUCCUCCCCAAAUCGACCCCUCUCAUUCCCCCCAAAAAAUCUCGAAUAAAUCCCACAAAUCUCCAUCUUUCGUUUCAUUCCAAGGAGGACCCAGAUUAGUUCCUCAAAAAUGGGCAGUUAAAGCCUCAGCCAGUGGGUCUCCUCCGGGACUCUACUCGGCCAAGAUUUUCGAACUCACACCUCAGAACGUUGACAUGGUUCUUGAGGACGUUCGGCCUUACCUCAUCUCCGAUGGUGGCAACGUCGACGUCGUCUCUGUCGCAGACGGUGUCAUCUCUCUCAAACUCCAAGGAGCAUGUGGAAGCUGCCCUAGCUCAACAACUACCAUGAAAAUGGGGAUUGAACGAGUACUGAAGGAAAAAUUUGGAGAUGCAGUCAAGGAUAUUCGCCAAGUGUAUGAUGAUGACCACACAAGUGAGACAACGGUAGAGGCGGUGAAUGGCCAUCUUGAUAUAUUGAGACCAGCCAUAAAGAACUAUGGUGGGAAUGUGCAAGUAUUAUCUGUUGAGGGUGGCCUGCCAAGAGAGUCUUCAGGUGAUGGCUUCCCAACUUGCCGGCGCAGAUCUGGAUUUGUCUAAGGCACAAAAAUGUGAAAAGAAAGAAGCAGGGUGGUGAUGCUGUAAAAGAAAGAAUCUGUGAAGAGGGCAUUGAUCUAGGUAACACACAACACACUUCCAAUUUCAAAGGUGAGAGUGAUGGUCCAUGGCAGCAAGAAAUGUGACAGCGGAGUUAAGGUAUGUGUAGAGGUCCGGCGGGCGGCCAAGGUGAGGCUGC